AUGCGAACCACACAAAAGCAGCCGAAGAAGGGGGCGAGGAGCCCACCCGUUGGAUCCCACCCCAUAUCAGGUCAUCAUAACCAGGGAGCUCGUGGUAACCUGAAACAUCAGCGAACAGCCCUUGAGUCCACGCUCUCGGACAGCCUUGCAAGCGGGAUGCCCAAAGCGGAGGCGCCUGCAAGUGUAGACCAGACGGCUCCGGCUUCUCACAAUGGCGAACUGGCGAGUUCACGAGAAACCUGCAGCACCUCUGCAAACGAUGACACAGUAGAGACCCCUUCCUCUUCAGCUCCGAUGCCUCUUGCUCCUCCUUCUUCUGAGAAGGCAGCACUAACUCUAGAAGAAGCAAAAGCCGUACUGAGAGACUGUAGUGGGAUCGGGAGCCUGCUUGAUAGUAUUUUCAAAGAUAUCCUUGACACCGCCCCAUCACAGAGCACUGCGAAAGAUACGCCUCAAACAUCAUGUGAUGGAGAUUCUACGCCUGAUGGCUGUACUGAGAGGAGCAACGGUAUGAAUUGGGGUAGCGGCAGUAGCCUCAGCGACAGCUGCAUUGACAGCGGGCGUGAGCUGACGUCAGAUGCAACCCCUUCGGUGGUUGCGUUGCCAGAAAGCCAGUGCAACCUUGCUCCGUCGUCAUCUACGCUCAAGUUCGCCGCGCCGAAACCGCUGACUGGAGAGCUAUCCACAGGAAUGGGUAAAACCUCACAAGGCGGAAAAAGCAAGCUGUAUCACGAAGAGUUUGCACACGAGGAUGUGUCCUCUGUGAGCGCACGCCUCCCUGAGGGCGAGGACAGCACUGGCGUUCUAAGCCACACAGAAAAGGAGGAGGGGAGAACACAUGUGCUGCCUGACGGAGGAGCGAAACAGCCACCGUCGCUCACGCUGGAACUCCUCAGGUGUCAAGCCACGUGCGAGGAGGUAGCGAUGAAAAUGCUGAAUCGGUACAUUGAAGCGGAGAAUGAAGACGCGGAGGAGCGUGAGACAUUGGAGAGCCUCAACCUUCGGCCCGGGCAGGAUAUUCCAACGAGUGAAGGGGAUGCUAAUGCGGCAACAGAGAGAAUUAAUGCCAGACUCACGUACAUGAGGCUAACGAAAUCUCUUCAGAACCGGCAACGGGCAACUCACAUCCUGAGUCCGUCUAAGUUAAACCUGAAGAAGCCGAGCAACAGCUCUGUAAUGGAUACGCCGCACCGCGCAGAGUGGACACGAACGCGGCCAGCUGGCAUUCCUGAGAGGACUGCAGCAGAGAAAACUGCAGACAACGAACGCCUCGCGAAAAUGCAGUGGAGACAGAGCUUCCUCCGGAAUCCUCGGUUAGAUCCCAACGCCGCCCCAAAGGACCAGUGCCCCUUCAAGGUUGAGCCUGAAGCGGCCAUUUUCCAUGGCUUCAGGAUAGGCGGCGUGUACCAGCGAAGCAUCACCUUUCGCAACAAUUCGCAUCUGGGCCGUCGCCUCAGAGUUGAAUGUGCAGUUCCGCACAAGGCACUUCGCAUUUCUCCCCUGAUCUACAAGGCUCUGGCUCCUGCCGGAGGACCAAACGGAGCCUCGAGAAGCUCAGCCAGUCUCCCCUCUGCCGCGAACGCAUUCCAACAUCCGCACAAAUCCGGCCCGCGAACGGGAGUCAUUGCCCCAGGGAUGUCCGCGCAGGUGGACAUCCAUUUCGAGCCGACCUCCUUCGAGGACAUUACAGCGCAGCUCCUUCUGCACACCGACGUGGGAUCGUUCAGCAUGGCGCUACUGUGUAGACGAGAACUUCCUCAGCUGGCUGGGUUGCCCUCGGUUCUCGACUGCGGCACCUGCAUGGUGGGCGACGCCCCAGAGGUGCGGUUUCCGGCGCGAAAUGACGGCGGUGAGGCGACGUUUACGAUAAGGUGUCCUCGCGGCGAUCUUAGGGAAGCAGAUGCGCCCGCACAGCCUGAAGCUGAGACCCUUUCUUGCCUCUCCUUCGCAUCGUGCGAGGCGCGUGCCGAUCCAGAGGCUAGCCGAAACGACCAGAGGAUACAAGGAUGCGGAGACACAGGCUCGGCGCCCUCUACGACUUCCUCGUUUGCUGUCGCGCCCAGUUGCUUUUCGCUGAAGAAGGGCGAAACGGCUGAAGUGUGUGUGCGCUUUGAGAGCGCGAAGGCAGGCAGUUUUGAAGGCGCCUUGAUAAUUCACAGCGACUCUGGGCAGACAUGGCGCGUUCACGUCAAAGCCCGCGCGGCUUUGUCGCGGCUCGAGCUGAUGGAAGUCUGGGGUCGUCCGUGGACGGCGCAGAUGCUCUUUGAUGCAGCUGACUGGUGUAGAAAGAGUCUGCGAAACAUGCAGAAGUGCCGCGACCCCAGAAACGACGAACCCCGCACCGAAUCAGGAGAUAAAGAAGAUCAGACAGAGCUCGAAGAUGGCAUCGCUCGGCGCGCUCUCCCACAAACGAUCGACUUCGGAGAAGCACAGGUCGACGGCGGCGUCGCAGAGCGAAGAAUCGUGCUUCGCAAUGGGGGAGAACUGCCUCUGAAGAUGCGGUGGCGAGUGCAUCCGGGGCCGAGCAAGAAAGACGAGAGGGGUGCUCGGGAGCAGAUGCAGAAUCCGUUUUCUCUGAGUCCUUUGAGCGUUGAGCUGGAGCCUGGUAUAAAGCAGGAAUUCGUUUUCUCGUUUCAGCCGUCCAGCCAAAACGCAAUCGCGAGACACCCCGCAGAAGCCAACGCGGAACUCGAGGUUGUUGACGUCACGCGCGGUUCGCUGAGUUUUCUAAGCGACCUGCUCGCGGAGGGCAAUGCGAUCGCCGACAAAGCAGCGCCUCUGCCUCUGUGGGCUGCCGCCGUGUCUCGCCUCGGUGCUCCCGGCACGGUGGGCUGCAGGGAGACCGUCAGUGCAAGAGUGCUGUCGCUGUCCCUGCGGGGGACUCCCGUCGAUGCGAAAGCCGUGCUGGCGCCGUCAUAUCUUGAGCUUCAGCUGCUGCCUUCCCUGACUCACACAGAGCGCUUGCUCCUCGUCAAUCACGGCUCUUGCCCAGCCCCUUUCCAGCUGCCGCCCACCGCGAAACUCCUCGAAGUCCGCCGGAGUGCCGCACAAGCCUCCGUGAGGGGGCAAGGGGGCACAAGCCUCCGCGAACACACCAACGAAAUCGGCGAGGAGCUGCCGGUCUCGCAUGAGGAGCCACGACCACAAAGGGCCUGCCACCCAGCGGGUGCGCCGGCCUGCCACGAAGCCCGAGAGUGUUUGCUCCUCGUGGACGAGAACGACAUCGACGAGCUGAGUCGGCGGGGGUCGCAGCAUGUACGGAAGCAUGGAUGCGCCUUGCAGAAACUCUGA